AAAGUGCAUUAGCCAAGGGGUUUGGGGGAAGGAGAUGAGUGAUGAAAGCGAUUGAAGUGCUGGGCCUGCAGAUCCAUGCCCUCAAUGUUUUGGUUUUUUAAAAUUUUUAUAAAAUUGGUGAUUGAUUUAUUGGUAAGCCUUGUUGGUACAUUUGGUAUAGUCACAUUAAAAGUCUCCGUUCGUUCAUAUGCCAUUCCAGGAAAAUUCAGUUCCUCGGACACAGGUAGGGGUGUAAUAAAGCUAUUGCCAAGCAGGGAGUGCUGACAUCUCCGUGUGUGAAAGGGUUAUAGAGUGGAGAGACCCAGGGAGAUCCUGUCUUAUUAGGCAGUUUCAGCAGGUGCUGUUGAGCAAUUGUUUUUCCUUCUUGAACACAGUGUUCUUCAGGAUUAAAAUGGGCUUUAACUUUUCACUUCUUUUGUUUAACUUGCAUACAAGACUGGAGGGGACAUAGUUUGUGUGAUAACAGAUCUUUAUGUUCCCAAGCCCAUAGGCUGGGUAGAUGAAAACGUAUCUUUUCAGCCAGGGAUUUUAGGAAAAUGUAAGUGGAUAAUGAGUGUUUGUAAUGAUAGCAUUGUGGCGAUUGGUUGGUUCCAGAAAGGAAUGAACUUUCCUUCUUUCCUUAGGCAUACUGUGGGCAUGAGUUUUACACCUUUUUGGAGUAUGUGAUCUCAACUGUUGCUGCAGAAAUGAAAGCCUGAGAAAUUGGUUAAGCUCUUACAGUCAAAUACAGGUAGAAUCGAAAACGGUAGAUAUUUUGGCAGCAGAGUAGGCUGUAAUCUCUAAUUUACACCUUCAGACCCUGCAGCAGUCACUCUUGCUUGGAUCACUUCAAGAUUAUGAUCCAAAGUGACUUCUUAUGAUGACCUUAUCUUAAAUCUGUUAAAAGGUUGAUGCUUACUUUAAAUGCAGUUUCUUUUGUGUGCACACUGAAUCCACAAGCUGUUUACCGUCUUUGGGUUUGUGAUUGCUGCUUGGACUUCAGUGGCUUUGAGUAGACUUUGCUAAAUGAGUAUGUCAUCAGGCAGGUGAGAUGCUCCAACUAGAAGCUGGUGUCAGGGAGAUGCAACUUUUAGAAAUACUUCGUGCACCCAGAGGAGUUAAGGACGUUUUCUUUGCAAAGUCUUUCAGUGUGAACUUGUCUUUCAAGACUGCAGAUAAAACCCACGUCUUUCCCAAUCGCCAGAGUAACAGAGGUAAUAAAACCAGACAAAAUCCAGAAACUACCUUUGAGGUGUAUGCAGAAGUGACCCACUCAGGAAUCAGUUGCAUUGGGAAAGAUCCUGAGGUGCGGAGGCAAUUCCCAGAGGGCUACAGUGACCAGGAAGUUCUACAGACUCUGACCAAGUUUUGUUUCCCCUUCUAUGUGGACAGCCAUGCCAUUAACCAAGUUGGGCAGAACUUCACGUUUGUGCUCACAGACAUUGACAGCAAGCAGAGGUUUGGGUUCUGUCGCUUAUCUUCGGGGGCCAAGAGCUGCUUCUGUAUCUUAAGUUACCUCCCAUGGUUUGAAGUCUUUUAUAAACUGCUCAAUGUCUUGGCAGAUUAUUCAGCAAAAGGACAGGAUAGUCAGAGGAGUGAGCUCCUGGAAACCUUUCAUAAACUUAGCAUCCCUGAGCCAGGAACCUCUGUUCAUCUUGGAGUGCACUCUUACUUUACUGUGCCUGACACCAGAGAGCUUCCCAGUAUACCUGAAAAUAGAAAUCUGACAGAGUAUUUUGUAGCAGUUGAUGUCAACAACAUGCUGCAUCUCUACGCCAGCAUGCUGUACGAGCGCCGCAUCCUCAUUUGCUGUAGUAAGCUGAGCACUUUAACUGCCUGCAUCCAUGGGUCCGCAGCCAUGCUCUACCCGAUGUUCUGGCAGCACGUUUACAUUCCUGUCCUGCCCCCACAUCUCCUGGACUACUGCUGUGCCCCCAUGCCCUACCUCAUUGGAAUACACUUAAGUUUGAUGGAGAAAGUAAGAAGCAUGGCCCUGGAAGAUGUGGUGAUCCUUAACGUAGACACCAACACACUGGAAACGCCUUUUGAUGACCUUCAGAGCCUCCCCAAUGACGUGGUUUCUGCACUGAAGAACAGAUUGAAGAAAGUCUCUACAACCACUGGAGAUGGUGUUGCAAGAGCAUUUCUAAAAGCGCAAGCAGCUUUCUUUGGGAGCUACAGAAACGCCCUGAAAAUUGAACCUGGUGAGCCCAUCACUUUCUGUGAAGAAGCGUUCGUGUCCCACCGCUCGUCUGUGAUGAGGCAGUUCCUGCAGAAUGCCAUCCAGCUCCAGCUUUUCAAGCAGUUCAUUGAUGGGCGUCUGGAUCUGCUGAACUCUGGGGAGGGCUUCAGUGACGUGUUUGAAGAGGAGAUAAAUAUGGGAGAAUAUGCAGGUAGCGACAAACUGUACCACCAGUGGCUGUCCACAGUGAGGAAAGGAAGUGGAGCCAUUUUAAACACAGUAAAGACCAAGGCUAACCCCGCCAUGAAGACUGUCUAUAAGUUUGCAAAAGAUCAUGCAAAAAUGGGAAUAAAAGAAGUGAAAAACCGCUUGAAGCAAAAGGACAUAGCAGAGAACGGGUGCUCAGCAGCGCCGGAGGAGCCCCUGCCCAGGGCAGCACCAUCGCCGCUGGGUGAGAAGAAGGACCCGAAAUCAAGAGAGGACAGAAGACCAAUCACAGUACAUUUUGGUCAGGUUCGCCCCCCAAGACCUCAUGUGGUUAAGAGGCCCAAGAGCAACAUUGGUGUGGAGGGCCGGAGGACCUCAGUUCCCAGCCCAGAACACCUCGUAAAGCCCAUGCGACACUAUACAGUCUUCCUCUCUGAGGACUCCUCUGAUGAUGAAUUUCAGCAGGAAGAGGAUCCUGUCUCUGGCUUCUCUGAAAACUUUUUCUUCUCUGCUCCUUUCGAAUGGCCUCAGCCGUACCGGGCCCUGAAGGAGUCGGACAGUGCCGAUGGAGAGGACGUGGGCAGCCCGGAGAAAGCCAGAGAGCCGCUGCCCCCGAGCCCUCUGCUCUCCAGCAAGGCCUCAGAAGUCAACCUCCUGGAAGACAUCUUCCCCAGCUUGGAAGUAGAAGCCCAGCCCCAGCCCCUCAGCCAGGCCAAGAGCCUGGAGGACCUGCGGACACCCAAGGAGGAGGCGGAGCAGCGCUGCUCCUUUGAAUACCAGAGAAUGGAUCUUGGUGUGUCCGAGAGGAGCAGGAUUGUGCCGAGCAUGAAGCUGUCCCACCCUUACAACAAGCUGUGGAGUAUGGGCCACGAUGAUAUGGCUAUUCCCACCAAAUAUUCCCAAAGCUCGCCCGAAAGACCCUCAGCUGCCCUGGGUAACAUGGCCCCCAUCACCAGGAGAGCCCAGAGCAGAGACGGUGGUGUGGCUCCUGCAGAAAAGGAUGAAUCCAACCCUGCCGUUCAAGGGAACAUCACCAUUCCUAGGCCACAGGGAAGAAAGACUCCAGAGCUGGGGAUCGUGCCGCCACCACCGGCACCCAGGGCUUCCAAGCAUCAGGCUCCGGCUGGGUCAGUGGAAGUCCUCACCCCUCACGGGCUCAGCCCCCUGGUGUCAGAUCUCUCCCCGGAGCCCUUUGGGGCCGGGCGCGUGUCCUUAGAGCCCGAAACGCAGCGUUCAGCCAGCUCCUGCUCUCGCCCGUGCCAGCUGCCGCGCGCUGCCGAGCUGCUGCAGCCCGUGCGGGUGCAGGCGGAAGGUGCCGGAAACGAGAGCGAGCUCCUGCUGAGCCUGCUGGACCCGCUGAGAACCGCGGGCCGGCCGGGCAGGGCCCCGCAGGGCUCGGGCCCCGCGCCCGCCUUCGGCGCCCCGCCGAGUGACUUUGUGCCUGCUCCGGCUGCGCCCUUUACCCGGCCCCUCGGCUAUGCUGCCCCAGCUCCACCACCUUUUCUGCAGCCCUCCCCGAAUCCCUUCACCCACACGCUGCCAGGAGCCCUUCCCGUGUCCCUGGUCAGACCCCCGAGGGGCUCCUUCACCCCCUCCUUAGGUCACGCCUACAGCUCCAGCUUCAUAACCCCCGCUGCCGCCUUCUACCCAGCGCAGAGACCUCAGCCUCACAUGGCCACGCUGUCCAUGCCAAACCUGUUCAGCCAGGCUCCGGCUGUGCCAGCAGCUGGCUCCUUGCUGCUGCAGAGCCACAGCCCUUCUCCCACCGGCUCCCUCCAGCCGCCGUGUCUGGCUGCUCCCUCCAAACCCCGAACGUUACAGGUGGGCCAGCCCAGCACAAAGGUAGAUCCCAAACAAGCCCUGGCUCUUCUGGCCAGUGAACCCCCUCUGGUCCCUGCCAGGCCAGCCAAGGGCUUGGAGUCAGUGUUACUGUCCUCCAAAUCUGAGGAGACAAAAGAUCCAUUUGAAGAUCUGUUAGAAAAGACCAAGCAGGACGUGUCACCCACACCAGGUAAGGUGGAGCAGCUCAGAAAGCGAUGGGAAACCUUUGAGUGACGCUCCCCAUGGCCUUGGUGUCCUUUUGGAAGUGACAGAGGGAUUUUUUGGUUUUUUUGAGCCAGCAUAAAACCAAGCAUUUCUUUUAAGGAAGGCUGAGCCAGGACGGCUGCAGGACCAUCGCUGAGCUGCCACUCAACACGAGAGCUUUUUGCCCACAGGUCAGAGUCCCCUGCUGUCCCAGUCCCUGACACCGCAGCCCAGGAUUCCUGCACUGACCAAAGCGUGAGGGGAGGCGGGUUGGCUUGGCCUGGGAUUUCCACACAGCUUUUCAGGCAGCACUGCUGAUGCACAGGUUGGUCCCUCCCUGUAUUUUCAGUCCUUGGCACACCUGGAGCGUGACACAGCCCACUCUGCUGGGGCCCAUUCCUGCCUCUGGGAAUGGGCCUCAGAUUUUCUGGCAUUGCACACACAGACAAGGCUUUGUUUCCAUGCCUCGAAGCAGCCUGACUUGUGGGCUGCGCUGGACUGAUCGUGGGUCCCUGUUUGUGCUCGCUGAAGCCCAGCCACUCCCAGAGCUGUGCUGUCACAUGGAUUUUGGGGCACUUUUGACUCCCCCCUGCCCCGAACACCAACAGCCAGGGCAGAGUUGUCACAGGCCUGGAAACCGCUGCUCAGGGAUUGGUCCUGCAUCUCUGUUGGGAAACUGGAAACACCAGCAAUUGUUUUCAUUUUUUUGACUUUGUUUUUGUUAAAUACAUCAGAAAAUAGAGGCCAUAAAGAAUAUCCUAGUUCUUAUAUAUGUGUAUCUUAAUAUUAUCUAUCAAUAUUAUAAAUUGCAGUAUAUGAAUGGAAUGUAACAAUAUCUUACUUGAUUAUUACAAACAAAAAAGAGAAAAAGCGUGGGGUAUCAAGGUUCCCAGCUCCUGAGUGCAGGUGAGGGCCGGUGUGCUGAGGGGCUGAGGGCAGCAGUGUCCAGGAGGGGGGAUCUGGGCUCUGCGGCCUCGCUGCAGCCUCGGGCUGGCCCCGCCUGGCCCGCGAGGCACAGGGGACGCUCAGCUGGCUGUUCUGAGCCCCCUCUGCUCUCCAGACAUUUCACACCAGCCUCAGCAUCCCCCAGGAAAGCUGCUGUCUGAUCAUUUCUGUUUCACUUCAGUGGUGGUUUUUUGGUUUGUUUUGUAUCUGGGCACACUCUGGUGUAAAACCUGGCACUCUCGCAGAGGGAAUCGCAUCACCAUUGAGCCUUUGAUAAAGGAAAUCAUCUUGGACACAUGGGGAAAUUCUUGUAAAGCUUUAUCUGAUUUCCAAUGUAUCUAUUUUAUUCAUGUUAUCUUGGAAGUUUUCUUACUCUGGGGAAUGGGAAUGGCUGUCUCUGUAUUCCAGUCUGGGCAGUACAAAAGAAAAAUAAUAUCUGAAAUGCUGCCGGUUUUGGGAAGACGACAGUAUUCCAGGAAUAUUCUGUUUCUGUAAGUGCUGUUCCUCUGACAGGCCGUUCAUUGGAUUUGUAUUUUCUUUUUGCGUUGAAAGACAGAUGGGUUUAGUAUUGAAUAGUAAAAUAUUUAAAGUAUAA